AGCUAUAUAAACACAGAGCCUCAACUACCCGAUUCAGAUUCCUGCGUGAACAGGAGAGCACGGAUCAAAAAGUGUUCUUAUUUAGCUGUGGCAAUAAAGAGAAAACGCGGAAGGAAUUGCCAGAUCUAUAACCAUGCUGUGGAAGAGUCUUGGGUUACUGCUGCUGACAGUCGGGGUUCAUUGUGUGCCAACAACCCACCAGGUACGAUCAGCAAUUGAGAGGGCUAAGGAAAUUGAUAUUCUUAAAAGGGGACUCCAGCAGCUUGAUGAACGGACAGUUGGGUCUUCUAAAAGGUCAGGAUGUCCAAUGAUGGCAAACUUUCAUGGGCGCCGGACCAGUGCCGACAAAGAACAGGAUAGACAUGCUAAUGUUAUGUUGAAUGCAGCCAGAAUUCUUCUCAAUGAGGGAUUUUCCUUGAAAGAUCUGCAGCACGAGCAAGUACGGGCGGAGUUUUUACGACAAGAAGAGGGAACUUGUCCACUACCACCGGUCGCGGCAUGUGGCACUGAGAAAUACCGGCGUAUUGACGGUAGUUGUAACAACUUGCAGCAGCCAAGAUGGGGAAUGGCAGGGGUCCCACAGAGACGUGUUCUCGAACCCGCUUACGAGGAUGGCAUUGGAGAGGCCAGGUCUACUUCCGUCACACCAAACGGAGGAGCUUUGCCCAACCCCCGGAGGAUCAGUAAUGAGGUCCAUCGUGGCAGAGGAGGACGAGAGGUCAGAAGCCCAACUAUCACAUUACAUACAUUUCAGAUGGGACAGUUCUUGGAUCAUGAUUUAAUUGCGACGCCUGUACAAGGAAACAUUGCCGACUGCUGUUCAGCCCAAAAUGAUGCACAGAAUUGUCUGAAUAUCUUAAUUCAAGGAAGAAAUGAUCCAUUCGAACCUAUUUUCACCGAAGGUUAUUGCAUGGAGUUCGCGAGAUCAGCACCUGUGUUUUGCCCAGAUGCGUUUUCUAACGGACAGAGCCGCCGACAGCAGACGAAUGAAAUUACGUCAUUUAUUGACGCCUCUAAUGUGUAUGGUUCAUCAGAGUCGGAAUUACAAGAACUUAGGCAGGCCGGAACAGGUUUUUUGAGGACUCAGGAUGGUUUUAGACUUCCGGACAAAAAUGACAACACUGCAUGCGAAGCAAACACAGCUGGUGGAGAGGCCUGCAGUCUUGCUGGUGACCAUCGCGUCAAUACUGUACCUUCGUUGACUGCUUACCACAACGUAUUUGUCCUUGAACACAACAGAAUCGCUGGUCUUCUGCAGACAUCCUAUCCAGAUCCGGAUACUCUCUUUCAGGAAACCAGAAAAAUUCUCAUCGGGAUCAUGCAGAAGAUUGUUUACGACGAAUUUCUUCCAUCAUUCCUUUCACCUACAGCGCUUGCAAAGUACAAGCUUCUGAGUACUUCGCCAUACGAGUAUGACCCGACAAUAGAUCCAACAAUAUCCAACAGUUUUGGAAUCGCAUUCAGAAUGGGACAUACAUGGAUUCCACGUGACAUGUCAUUAUUCGGACGGAACCUUGGCCCUAUCAACAUGCGGUUCGAAACAGACGAAACCUACAACAAGCCCUUCUUGACCUACAUCUCUGGAGACCCUAAUGGCAUGGAAGGCUUGGCAUACUGGCUAUCAGGGCAGAACUCGCCUGAAACUGAUCGUAUUGUCGAAGAGCAAGCCAGAAGUCGCCUUUUUAUUGACCGGUCCAACAAUAUCGCUUUCGACCUCGUUGCUUUGAAUAUCCAGCGUGGACGGGAUCACGGACUGCAACCGUAUGCGGCAUUCCGUUCAAACUGUGGUCUGUCUGAAGUGACUGACUGGGCUGAUUUGGUUGACCAUGAUGCUGAUACCAUCGCUAGAUUUCAAUCUGCAGGAUAUCAAUCACCCCAAGACAUUGAUUUGUUUACCGGAGUACUUACCGAGGUUCCUGUGACAGCAGGUACAGGUGGUCCCACCUUGGAAUGUAUCCUCGGUGAGCAGUUCAUGCGUCUGAAGUUUGGGGACCGGUUCUGGUACCAGGGAUCUGAUGUAGGCCUUAGUGGAGAUCAACAGUCGGCAAUUAGAAAUCACACGCUAUCCAGGAUCAUGUGCGAUAACUUCAACUUUAAUCAGGUGCAAUACCCGAGUGCUUUCAUGGCCACGGACACUAGAACUUCAUGUCGCAACAUUCCCCAAUUAAACAUAGACGUUUUCAAACCAGCUACGACUACCACAACUACCACGACCACCACGACUACAACCACAACUGCACCACCGGCAACAAACCGCCCAACACAGCGUCCACCCAACAAUCGCCCACCCCCAGGCGGAGGAAGACGACCCGGGAGAACAUUCGACGAUGCUCUAGCUCAGUUGUUACGCGAAUUGGAAGAAAUGAACGAACAAGAUUAGGUCAAGGGGAAAUACACGAAUUAAUGAUUUAAAACGAAAUUAAAAAAAAUCAAGUAAAUAA